AUGUCUUCGAAAAGAUUGUCUCCCAAGUUAGUCGACACUCUUGAUGUAGCUGAUUCUAGAUUUGAUGCUGUGGUGUUGGUUACUGAUAAACUAGAGAGGUUGUCUGGAAAUACCUCAAUUUUUGAAAAUGUUCUUUCUCAACAUGGUGAAAUUUCCAGUCUUGAAAGUUUGUGUGUGCUACGUUGUGAUGCUUUGCCUGCCAAACGUUUGAUUUGGAGCCCCACAGGUCCUAUAAACAGAGACUAUGAUGAUGUAAGGAGAUGGGGAGAAGCAGCUGAAAAAGGAACAAAAAAAGCAUCAGAUCUGGGCUGUAAAAAACCCCUUUUGGUGACUGUCAUUCAUGACAGCUUUUCACAAUCUUUUAGAGUUUCUGUACUUGGAGCCCUUCAUGGUUUGUAUGUGCCUCUUGAAAUUCGUGAAGCUGUUCCAGAGAAAGCCAUAAAGGCUGAAAUUUUGGGUGUUUAUGUUCAUGGCAUUAAAGAUGCAGCCUCUGAAUUGAGAAUAAUCCAUGCUUUAGAAGAAGGAAGAGUGGUGACUCGUGACAUUGGUGGUUCUGAUCCUGAAAGAAUGUCUGCUCCAAAUGUUGUGAGAUACAUCAAAGACGUUUUCAGUGGGUCAGAUUCUGGUGUUCAUAUUACUGUUGAAGAAGAUGUGAAUAAUCUUGAAAAAAAUUAUCCUUUGCUUGGUGCUGUCAACCGCGCAACACGCACACUUGAUCGUCAUUCUGCCCGCCUUAUUCUGUUGGAGUAUUCAGGAAGUGGAAGUAUUGAAGAAAAUAUUUUCUUAGUUGGAAAGGGUAUUACUUAUGAUACUGGUGGACAUGACAUUAAGGCUGGUGGUCACAUGGCUGGAAUGCAUAGAGACAAAUGUGGGGCUGCUGCUGUAGCUGGGUUCUUCAAGGUGCUGUCCAUUUUGAAACCAAAAGGAAUCCAUGUAUUAGGUUCCAUGUCAAUGGUUCGCAACAGUGUGGGUCCAGAUGGUUAUGUGGCAGAUGAAAUUGUGACAUCCCGUGCCAAAGUUCGUGUACGUGUUGGUAACACAGAUGCUGAGGGACGAAUGGUCAUGGCUGAUCUCUUGUGCUACAUGAAAGAGCAAGCCUUGAAAGUGAAGAACCCUCAAAUCUUCACCAUUGCUACACUAACUGGACAUGCUGUUUUGGCUAUGGGACCUGAUUACACUGCAAUCAUGGAUAAUGGUCCAGCCAAGAAGAGGCAAAUUUCCUUAAGACUGCAAGAAGCUGGUGAUUUGAUAGGAGAUCCUUUUGAAAUUUCUAACAUUCGCCGUGAGGAUUAUGAUUUCCACAAAGGCAAGUCUGAAUAUGAAGAUGUCUUGCAAUGUAAUAACCUCCCAUCAAGCCAGACUCCUCGUGGACAUCAAACACCAUCAGCUUUUCUUAUUAUGGCAUCUGGUAUGGACAAACAUGGUAUUGAUUCCAACAAGCCGAUUCCAUACUCUCACAUUGAUGUGGCUGGAUCAAGUGGCCCAUUCCCUGGAGUACCAACUGGAUCUCCUGUGCUGUCUUUGUCUUAUCAUUAUGUUUUGCCACGUCUUUAA